CCAGGGGAAUGAGAUGGGGAGAUAAUUUGCACCUUCUCCCCUUUCCCCCACUCUCCAGAGCCCAUGAACAAGACAUCAAGCAACAGGUUCCCACUGGCUGGUGGGACAGGAAGUGAGAAAGGGAGGGAAUGGGGAAGAAGGACAGACGCUGCCCUUGGACCAACGCACCCCACAGGCUCCAGAUGCAUCAGAACUCCCAGCACUUUCAGGCAUCGACUGUGGACUUGGACUCUCCCAUCUUUCUCCCCCCUCCCCUAAACCUGCACCUCCCCUCCCCCCAUGUGGCUCUUGGAGAAAGCCGGCUACAAGGGAGAGAGGAUAGAGCCUGGAACACCGUGGAGGCCCCACAUCUUAUUCCCCAGGAGAAAGCCCCCUGGGACUUCCCCUUCUGCUUGCCCCAAUGUCUUAACCCCAGACCGAAUACCCCAGUUUUUUAUCCCCCCUAGGCUCCAAGGCAUGGGGGGGCCUGAACCUGGGACAGAGAGAGAAGGAGGCUGGACUAGGGGCCAAGAACUGCAGGGCGCCUGCUCCCUGCCCCAUCUGGCUGGACAAGAAGGCUGGGCCUUUCUUCUGGAGAGUCCGCACACCCGGCGCAGAGAGUCCCUUUUCCACAUGGCCCCAAAGACCUCUGCCUCAGAGGGGCCCCCACCCAAGCCCCGACUGCACCUCUCAUCCCCAGACCUACGCCUCUGCUUGGCCCUGGAGAGUGACACGGCCUCCUCACCUGAUGCUUUGCCCUUCGACUCCCCUGAACGAGGCUCAGCCCAAGCCUGCGUCACCUCACCCGAUCUGCAUCUCCCCAGAGCCAGCUUCCUCUCCCCUGAGAAGGAGGGCCCUGCGGACGGCAGUCCCCAUGGGGCCCACCACUUAGGUCCCCCAACACCACCUCUCUUCCACCUGGACUUCCUGUGUUGUCAGCUCCAGGUGACUAAAGAGAGCGUGGUGAGCCUGGGCCCCCGAGGCGGGCAGCUGAGGUUGUCUGCGGUGUACCAGGCAGAGUUGGGUCAGCUGAGGCUGCGGCUCAUAAGUGCUGAAGGGCUGCCCCGGGGCAGAGGAGGACCCAAGGGAAGUGGCUGCUGCGUCACCUUUCGCCUAAGGCCAGGGACUUGGCCACAGGGAAGGAGCAGGGUGGUCAAGUGUAGUUCCAACCCCAUCUUCAAUGAGGACUUCUUCUUUGAGGUACUUAAGCCCUCUGACCUGGUCACCCACAGUCUGAAAGCCAAGGUGCUGGACAAGGGAGCUGGCCUACGGAGGGAUGUGUUACUGGGAGAGUGUGAGGUCUCCCUUGUCACCCUCCUCCCCCCUUAG